AUGCCCAUGCUGGAGAACAAAAUUAGUAUAAAACCAUUGAUAGACACCAAGACGGGAGUAUUCUGCCAUCUCCUACAAAUAGACAACAUUAAGCUCAUAGUAGACUGUGGAAUAGGCAAGGAUUUUGAUUAUUCAAUAUACGACACUGUGAAAGAAACCAUUCAAAAUGCCGACUGUAUCCUUCUAACAUCGUUUGACCUGCAGCACAUGGGUGCAAUAGGCUUAUUUGCAGAUUCUCAGAUAUUCUGCACAAUUCCAACAGCUGUUCUUGGAAAGAUUGUGCUGGAUGAACUUAACCACAACCUAGGAGACAGAAUUCUUAGUUCAUUUUUUCCAAAACAGAUAAAGUAUUCACAGCCAUUCAAAAUAAAAGAUGUUGAAAUCACCUCAUUCAACGCUGGACACAUCAUAGGCAACUCUAUCUACAGAAUUGUCAAGGAUCUUGAGUUGGUUGUAAUUUGCUACAACUUCAAUCACAGAAAAGAACACUUUUUGGACGGAUUUUCGCACUCAAAUAUUGAAAAUGCCAGUAUUUUUAUCACAAACACAUCGUACCUUUCUAUCACUCCAUAUACGCUUAGAACAAGAGAUGAUAAGAUACAUGAGGUACUGUCCAAAAGCCAAGGAAGUAUACUAUUUUCGGUGGCAUAUCAGAGGCUGUUGGAGCUACUUUGUAUUCUACAUAAGCACAAAGUAGCAAUUGUUUCAAGAAAUGGCAAGAUGUUCCUUGACAGAAUCAAGUCAAUGGUUGAAUGGGCAGGUUCAAAGGCUACUGAUAUAAUCCCACUUUUAAAUAUAUCCUUUCUUAAGGUCAAUGAGCUUUCCGAUCAAAAAAUAAUAAUUUUAGUUAACGAGCUUUGCAGUGAAGGAUAUGCUGGUGCGGUUAUUGAAAAGUUUAACCAAAAACAAAAUACGCUGGUUUUCAUCGACCAAGACUAUAACAGCAUUGACUUUUCUAAUAUCAAAGUCUUUAGUUAUGCAUACAAAGAGAAACAACUUGAGCCAGUGCCUGAAAAAAUCGAAAUAAGAAGUGAUGAAGAUGAGGAAAAUGAGGAUGAGCACUGGAGCAAAGAAAAAUCAACGUUUUUUGUUCAUGGAACAUUGGAAAGAAAAAACUUCUUUCCGUAUAUUAAAAGAAGACGCCAGAAUAAUGAGUAUGGCGAGCCUGUGUUGUUUAAAUUUGAGAGUAAGAUUGAUGAGACGGAGCUUAGGAUGCCUGUUGUGCGGGAAGUCGAGGAGAUUGAGGAGAGAAGAUUAGUCUACACAGGAAUUAUACCUGAAAUAUCGCUUAUGAGCAUAGACCUAUAUGGCACAAGCGAUUAUGUGUCGUAUAAGACGAUAUGCGAAGGGUCAAACUGCAAAAGACUGGUGAUUGCGGAAGAUUUUCGAGAUAAUGCAUUGUUUUUAUACACGUAUUUUAACACAUGCCGGCUGGGAAUCAAUUCCUAUAUUGCCAGUGAGAUGGUAUCGUUCAGCUCGACUAGCCCUGCAGAGAAAAUAUCAAUUACAGAAAAUGUUAUGAACCAGGAGUUUUACAAGCUAUGUGAUACUUCAGUUGCUCAUUUCAAGGCGUUUCAGGGACCAGGACCAGCUGGAGUAUGCAGGAUGCUGUCAGCCAGUAAUUCUAGGCAAUUUGAAUAUUGA